CGAAACUCAAAAACCAAAUUUUGUUUUAUAUACUUCUCUGCAGUCCACACACACGUCAAUGGCAGCCAUGGAACAAGCAUCUCCUCCUCCUCCUCCUCCAAUACACAUAGCCAUAUUUCCAUGGUUUGCCAUGGGACACUACACCCCAUUUCUUCACUUCUCAAACAAACUUGCAAAGAGAGGCCACAGAAUCUCCUUCUUCGUCCCGAGAACAACAAUCUCAAAGCUUCAACACCUAAACCUUCACACACACCUCAUCACCUUCAUCCCCAUCACUGUUCCUCACGUCCAUGGCCUUCCCCGUGAUGCUGAAACCACUUCUGACGUUCCCUUCUCUCUUUUUCCUCUGAUCGCCACAGCCAUGGAUCAAACAGAGAACGACAUCGAGCUUCUCCUUCAAGAGCUAAACCCGCAGAUCGUGUUCUUCGAUUUCCAACACUGGCUACCCAACAUAACUCGAAAACUCGGCAUCAAAUCCAUGCAAUACUGGAUCGUCUAUCCGUUUUCAUUGGCCUACUUUGAUAAAGGACCAAGACAGAGACAGAGUCAAGGGAAUGAUUUAACGGAAUCUGAUCUCAUGAAACCUCCACCAGGGUUUCCCGAUUCAUCGGUGAAGCUUCACGCACACGAGCUUCGCUUCGUAGCUUCCACAAUGAAAUGGGAAUUCGGAAGCGGUGUUCCGAUAUAUGAUCGGUUCAGAAUUGGAAGAGAGUUAGCAGAUGCAAUUGGGUUCAAAGGUUGCAGAGAAAUUGAUGGUCGGUACACUGAUUUCUUCGAGAAUUUUUACAAGAAGCCAUGCUUACUUUCCGGGCCUCUCUUGCCAGAGCCGUCAAACAUUGCUUUAGAAGAGAAAUGGAAAUCAUGGCUUGAUCGAUUCAAACCCGGUUCAGUGGUUUAUUGUGCUUUUGGAAGCGAAAACCCGUUGCAACAAGACCAGUUUCAAGAACUGUUGCUUGGUCUUGAACUAACCGGUUUUCCGUUUCUUGCAGCAUCUAAGCCACCGGUUGGGUUUGAUUCCAUUGAAGAAGCGUUACCAGAAGGAUUUAAAGAAAGAGUUGAGGAAAGAGGAGUUGUGUACGGUGGAUGGGUGCAGCAACAGUUGGUUUUGGAGCACCCUUCUGUUGGGUGCUUCAUAACACACUGUGGUUCAGCUUCCAUAACGGAGGCUCUUGUGAACACGUGUCAGAUUGUGCUGCUGCCACGUUUGGGAGCUGAUCAUGUUAUGAAUGCAAGAAUGAUGAGCAUGAAGUUGAAGGUUGGAAUUGAAGUUGAGAAAGGUGAGGAAGAUGGGUUGUUUACAAAAGAGAGUGUGUUCAAAGCUGUUAAGAUUGUGAUGGAUGAUGAGAGUGAAGUUGGAAGAGAGUUGAGAGAAAAUCAUAGCAAGCUUAAGAAUUUCUUAUUAAGCAAAGAUUUUGAGACUUCUUGCCUUGAUAGUUUCUGUCGCAAGCUUCAAGAUCUUUUGUGAUUUUCUGUGUUUUUCUUCUAGUGGGAGCAAUAAGUUGAGUGUAAAAGAAAUGAAAAAAAAAGGAGUGAAAAUGGAAAAAAAAAUAAA